AUGAUAUAUGAGUUGAAGAGUUCUCUUGUUGAGAAAGAUGGUGAACUCGGCUCUUCUGUUGCUAACUUGGUGAACUCGGCCUACUAUCGUCUUGAGUGUAAGAAUGCUGACAUCUCUCAUAGUUAUGACAAGCUUCUGGCCCGAUUUGGUGCCUAUUACAAGACUACUGAAAAAACCAAGCUUGAAGCUAUCACAGAUGUGUACAAGCUGGGCUACUUAUACUAUACAAAUGGGACUGCUCCCUUUUACACCAUUGGAGAUGAAGACAUCGAGAUGCUCUGCCCUGACUUGCUCCAUAUUUAA